UGCUGCAGUUGCUCUGGGCGCUGCUGUUGCUACAGCCUCUCCUGCCGGGGCUGCUGCCCGGGAGGUUGAAGGGAGGUGAAGUGUGUUGUUGUGUUCGUGCUGCCGUCGCCGCCUGGAACCGAGUGGAGAGCCGGACGUCCGCGGGCUGGCGAGAGCGGCCAGUCAGCAGCUGCGUGCUCUCCUCAGGCCGGGUCCUGUCUGCGCUGCCGCAGGGAGGCCGCCCGGCCCAGCGAACCGACCCAAUGCUGGACCUGGAGGUGGUGCCUGAACGCUCUCUGGGGAACGAGCAAUGGGAAUUCACGCUGGGAAUGCCUCUGGCGCAGGCAGUCGCCAUUCUCCAGAAGCACUGUCGCAUCAUCAGAAACGUCCAGGUUCUCUACAGUGAGCAGUCUCCUCUAAGCCAUGACCUCAUCCUUAACCUGACUCAGGACGGGAUCACACUACUGUUUGAUGCUUUCAAUCAGAGACUUAAGGUGAUUGAAGUUUGUGAGUUGACAAAAGUAAAGUUAAAGUAUUGUGGAGUGCAUUUUAACUCUCAGGCCAUCGCUCCUACCAUUGAGCAAAUUGACCAGUCUUUUGGCGCAACCCAUCCUGGAGUGUACAACUCUACUGAGCAGCUCUUCCACCUCAACUUCCGAGGACUGUCUUUCUCUUUUCAGUUAGACUCGUGGACGGAGGCUCCCAAGUAUGAGCCCAAUUUUGCCCAUGGUCUAGCUUCUCUUCAGAUACCCCAUGGAGCAACUGUAAAACGAAUGUACAUCUAUAGUGGAAACAGCCUCCAAGAUACCAAGGCUCCUGUGAUGCCCCUGAGCUGUUUCCUGGGGAAUGUAUAUGCUGAAAGUGUAGAUGUUCUUCGAGAUGGAACUGGACCCUCAGGGUUGCGGCUUCGCUUGCUUGCUGCAGGUUGUGGACCUGGAGUGUUAGCAGAUGCCAAAAUGAGAGUAUUUGAGCGUGCUGUAUAUUUUGGUGAUUCUUGCCAAGAUGUUCUUAGCAUGCUUGGCUCUCCACACAAAGUCUUCUAUAAAUCUGAAGACAAGAUGAAAAUCCACUCUCCUUCCCCUCAUAAGCAAGUCCCAUCCAAGUGCAACGACUACUUCUUUAACUACUUUACUCUCGGCGUGGACAUCCUGUUUGAUGCAAAUACACACAAAGUGAAGAAGUUUGUCCUGCAUACCAAUUACCCUGGGCAUUAUAAUUUUAACAUUUACCACCGCUGUGAGUUCAAGAUCCCACUAGCCAUAAAGAAAGCCAUAGCACAAAGCAUGGCUAGUCUGGAUUCUGCCUGUGGCUGGACCUACAGGCCAGCUCAACCCAGCCUGCACCAUCUUCUCUUUCCAGAAAAUGCAGGUGGUCAGACUGAAAUAUGCACAACCUACAGCAAGUGGGACAGCAUCCAGGAGCUUCUGGGCCAUCCUGUGGAGAAGCCUGUUGUCUUGCACAGGUCCUCGUCCCCAAAUAACACCAAUCCAUUUGGCUCCACAUUCUGCUUUGGUCUUCAGCGGAUGAUCUUUGAGGUCAUGCAGAACAACCACAUUGCCUCAGUGACCCUGUAUGGCCCCCCUAGGCCUGGUGCCCACCUGAGAACAGCAGAGCUGCCCUAAGGACAUCACUGUUUUCCCUGUCCAUGGAACUGUGCAUCACAUCCAGCUCAGUGGGUCUCUGUGCCACCCUGUGUGUUUGCUUGGGCACCUUGGCAGUGUUGAACGGCCCUAGGACUCAGAAGGGUUUGGAAGUAGGAUUUGGGCUGAGUCCUCUGCCUUGGGACGGAGGACCCAGAUACUCUGUCCUAAGCCUGCUGUUGCCAGGAGAGAACACAGUGUGCAAAAAAAGCACAAACUUAGAGCCAUGAUGAGGGCUCUCUUAACUAACGUGUAAUAAAGGGCACGGCAGCCCCUGCCCUGCUCGCAUAGGGAAGACAGGACUCUUUCUCUAGCUAAGAAAAUAUUCCCAGGAUGAGAACAGGGUCCUGCUUUUGGCCCAACAUUGCCACGUGGCCCCUAAGGUGAGCAGAGCAGGUAGCGUGUCGGUAGUACUUGGUUGCAAUAUUUGCACUCCAUCCACUUUAGUGACUUGAUGAGCUGGCUGUGGCUGGUGUGGCCCACUGCCUUUCCCUGCUUCUCCUGUGAGUGCUCCUUGCCGUGCCCAGGUGGCAUACCUAAGUGGUUGAAAUCAUUUCCUACCAGGUAUGUACCAGGCCUGGUUCCCACUGCUGCUCUGGGAGCCAGCCUUUAAGGUCACCUGUGUCUCUUGGUCCAACCUGGCUGACAGGGCUGCAUGUCUCCAUCUUGUUUGCCUCUUUUAUUUAAUGCCAAAGUGUUAGCCAAAGACACCUUCCUCCUUUUGUUACAUUACAGCAUUCUGUUAUGCACUGUGGGCCAGCUCCUUGCCCUAGUUCUGGGCACUGGCCUGGCCUGGCCUGGCUACUUGGUUUAAGGCCUAGAGGCUCAAGGAACACUAGGCUGCUUGGUUUCUUACAUGGGUCUUGCUAAUGGGAAGUAGCAUAUAUGUGCUUUAAAAUAGUAAUCCUUUUGAAAAGAAUUGAGAAGAGAAACAUAUAAUUUUAUCCCAUUUUUAAUAUUUUGGUCUAGCAACUUGUGAUACAUAGAUGACAAUUUUGUGAGUUUUUCAAAUGUGUGUACAGAUUUUUGUAAAUAAUGACUUUUGUAAUUAACUCAUGUACAGCCUCAUCUUGUAUAGUUCAUGAUGAAUGUGCAGGGGACCUGCCCCAGCUGUCUGUAUGGUUCCUGGGCCUACAGCCAGGCCUGUGUGGCACUCCCAUGACUGAUUUGACAGGUGUCUUCCCAUUUGGACCUUGCCUCAGUGACCAGAGACCCUGCACAUCCCACUGUCAGGGUAGCCAGGACUCUUCCCAUCCUUGUCCCCCUUCCAAUAAAGCACCUAUGCCCACAGUGACAGCGUGCCAUGUGCUGCCACUGGGGUGUUUGUACUAAAA